AUGGCAAUCAAGAAGACAACAUUGCCAUUCCGUCGGGGAUCCGACUCUUCUGAAAAGGACUUUUUCGAUAUCCCCGAAGAAUCCAUCUUAUCUGUCGUAAAGCGCCAACUUCGUUAUGUGCGUACUUGGGUUAUACUUGCGGUCUUUUUCGUGUUGAUUAAAUGGAUGCGCCGCGAACAUUCUCCACCGUCACAUCUUGCGCCUAUACACUACGAUGAAGUCGACUGGUCGCGGUACGCCUACACCACAUAUGCGACCUCAGAAACAUACCUCUGCAAUUGCCUCAUGGUAUUCGAGGCCCUGCACCGUCUCGGAUCCAAGGCAGAUCGUUUACUAUUUUAUCCCCUAGAAUGGGACCUGGUUAUCGACGACGCAGAAGAUCGAAUCAGUGAACUAUUGGUGAUGGCCAAGGAUCUAUAUAAUGUCCUGCCGGUGCCGGUUGCCAUUGAGGGUAUCAAGAUAGAUCCAGAGAAUGAAUUCUCUCGAGCAUCAUGGGACACUAGUACGGCAAAGUUAUUCGCAUUUGGCGUGGUCCAAUACAAUCGAGUCAUCCACCUCGACUCCGAUAUUACACUCCUGCAGUCCUUAGACGAGCUGUUUUUCCUCCCUCCAGCAAAGAUCGCCAUGCCUCGAGCAUACUGGCUAUUACCCGAGACAAAGACCCUAUCAUCCCUUAUGGCUGUCAUCGAGCCAUCUUUCCAAGAGUUCAAUUCUAUUCAAGAAGCCUCCCUACCCGCUCUUAACGGCCAGGUGCAACUGAACCUGACUAUUACACGAUUUGAUAUGGAAAUAUUGAAUGACCGGUAUGGCGAUACUGCCAUGGUGCUUCCGCAUCGGCAGUAUGCUCUAAUCUCUGGGGAGUUCCGUACUAAAGACCAUCGGAAAUUCCUGGGUGCAGAUCAUGGAGAGUGGAAUCCAGACAAAGCUCUGGCCGAAGCCAAAUUUGUACAUUUCUCCGAUUGGCCACUGCCGAAGCCUUGGGUGAUGUGGCCAUCGUGGCAGCUUGCAGAAAUGCAACCUGCGUGUGAUAUUAAUCCGGGUAGCAUGGACGAGAAAGGUUGUCGUGACCGGGAAGUUUGGAAAGAUCUUUAUGAUGACUUCCGAAGGCGAAGAAAGGAUAUUUGCCGGCUGCUGAGCUUCCCGGCACCCAUUUAG